AUGAGACUUUUGCCGGCAACAUUGCUGGUGGGAGCCGCUUCGGCAGCGGCUCCCCCUCUCCAGCAGGUGAUGGGCGCUCAUCGUGAGCACGCCGAGGAUCUGGCCAAGCAGGGCUCAAACAUUGUUGAGGAUUGGGCCAAGAUGGGCUCAAAUGUUCUCGAAGACUGGGCCAAGAAGGGAGCUGAUGCUGUUUUCGAGCCACUGGAGAAGCUCAAGAAUGAGUUCAGCUCUCUGUCCGAUGAGGCCCGUGGUCUUUGGGAAGAGGUUGCCCACCAGUUCCCCAACACCAUGGACCAUGCCCCUAUGUUGUCACUCCCUAAGAAGCACACUCGUCGUCCUGACUCACACUGGGACCACGUUGUCCGUGGAAAGGAUGUGCAGAACAUCUGGGUGUCUGGUGCCGAUGGCCAGAAAGAGCGUGAGAUCAGCGGCAAGCUGGAGUCUUACGAUCUCCGCGUGAAGAAAGUGGACCCGAGCGCUCUGGGUGUGGAUCCCCACGUCAAGCAAUACAGUGGGUAUCUGGAUGACAACGAGAACGACAAGCAUCUCUUCUAUUGGUUCUUUGAGUCUCGCAACGACCCCAAAAAUGAUCCCGUCGUUCUCUGGUUGAACGGUGGGCCUGGUUGUUCUUCCCUGACUGGUCUGUUCAUGGAGCUUGGACCCAGCUCUGUCAACAAGAAGAUUGAGCUGGUCUACAAUGAUUACUCUUGGAACUCCAAUGCGUCUGUGAUUUUCCUUGACCAGCCCGUCAACGUGGGAUACUCCUACAGCGGAAGCAGUGUUAGCGACACCGUCGCUGCAGGCAAGGACGUCUAUGCUCUGAUGUCUUUGUUCUUCAAACAGUUCCCCGAGUAUGCUAAGCAGGACUUCCACAUUGCUGGCGAGUCUUACGCCGGCCACUAUAUCCCCGUCUUUGCUUCGGAGAUCCUGUCUCACAAGAACCGCAACAUCAACCUGAAGUCUGUACUGAUUGGUAACGGGUUGACCGAUGGCCUGACCCAGUACGAAUACUAUCGUCCCAUGGCUUGCGGUGAUGGUGGUUACCCCGCUGUUCUCGACGAGGCUUCCUGCCAGUCGAUGGACAAUGCCUUGCCUCGCUGUCUCUCCAUGAUCCAGUCGUGCUAUGACAGUGAGAGCGCCUGGGUCUGUGUCCCCGCCUCCAUCUACUGCAACAACGCUCUCCUUGCCCCUUACCAGCGCACUGGCCAGAAUGUCUACGAUGUCCGUGGAAAGUGUGAGGAUUCCUCUAACCUUUGCUACAAGGGCAUGGGUUACGUGUCUGAAUAUCUCAACCAGGCCAAGGUCCGCGAGGCCCUUGGCGCUGAGGUUGAUGGUUACGACUCAUGCAACUUUGACAUCAACCGCAACUUCCUCUUCCACGGUGACUGGAUGAAGCCUUACCACCGUCUUGUCCCCGGUCUCAUUGAGCAGAUCCCCGUGCUCAUCUACGCCGGUGACGCGGACUUCAUCUGCAACUGGCUUGGCAACAAGGCCUGGACUGAGGCUCUUGAGUGGCCUGGCCAGAAGCAGUUCGCCAAGAAGGAACUGAAGGACCUCACCAUUGAGCAAAAUGAGCACACUGGCAAGAAGAUUGGUCAAGUCAAGUCGCAUGGCAACUUCACCUUCAUGCGUCUGUAUGGUGGUGGCCACAUGGUUCCCAUGGACCAGCCCGAGGCCAGUCUGGAGUUCUUCAACCGCUGGCUCGGUGGUGAGUGGUUUUGA